GGAAAAUGUCCUUCAUACUCCUCUUUGGUUAGGGUUAGUGGAGUAGGGGGAGAGUUUUAAAAGGGAGGCCCCUCAAGAUGUCUGACAUGUUUCUGCAGGACCGCAGGCCACUGACUGGCGCAUAGCACAGGCUUGUGGUGGGCUGUUUGUCUGCGUGAAGCUGGCAUGGCCUCCCGUUCCUCUGCAUCUGUUCUCCAUUAGCCGAGAGUAUAAAGCAGGGAGCUGACAGGGGCUGGGAGCACUCGAGUUCCUGCCUGGAUCAUGGGGUUUACUAUCUGGCUGUGUGUGCUCUGCCUGCAGGCGAGCCUGCUGUCACACGCCCUCGACUGCUCAGGAGCAACACAGGGAGAGCUGUGUGUCAGCGGACAGACCGCAGACGGACAGGUAAGAGACGGACUUCUAAUGGAUGUGAUAGUUAGGGAAGGACAGUGGGAACCAAGGUGUUCAUUUGCUAUCAGUCAUCAUCUGUGCUGUUGUGACACUACAGGGUAUGAUGAUCAGAAGCAGCAGAGGGCGCUACCCUUAACUGAAGGACUGGUUUCGUUCAGACGUAAGAGACAGUUGGAGCACAGGGGUCACACCCACCUCAGCCACUCCAGCCUGCCUGGGGCCGUCUCUGUCAAAGGCUUCCCUAAUACUCUCAUCCAGGCUGAUAGGUCCAGGCGACACUUGAUUCAAGCUGCGAAUAUGAAAAAGAACAAGCGUAAACCCUAUGCCGGCUCCUUCUCCCUCCUUAGCAACGACAAGAAAUCCAACCCCCUACAGGUGACUAGAGCAAGGAGACAGGUGAAGCUUGAGCCACCCAAGAGGGGGAACUCAGGUCGCUCUGGGGCUUUCUCUGUCCUGGGAGAUCCACAGAAUGAUGGACAGAACGACAGACCCAAAAGAAGCAUACAGAAGAUGAUUGCUUCAAAAUAAAAUGUUCUUUCUUAUUAUGGUAAUACCUUACAAAAGAUGUGCAAAAGAUGACACAUUUUUUAUUUUACCAAAAAAAUCAUGUAUACAAACUGAAGAUUGGUGUGAAAUUCUGACAUGUGUUUAUUCUGUUUGAGUAAUUAAGUAAUGUCCACCAAUGCUGUUUCAAUAGUAAGCUAGCUUACUUUCAUCAGCCAGUCUGCACUUACAGAUACGUUUUAUAUACUAUUUUAAGUUUCUAAUAUAUUCCUGCAUGUUAUAAAAUCACAGAAAUCCCAUAUUAUUAUUCUAGUUUGCCAUUUUGUUGUAACCUAUUUAAUCACAGAUUCCUUAUGAAGAUUGGGGGUAUAUUUUUGCAGAAAUAUUUCUUGUGUUGUUGUAUCAGAUUUCAAUAAAAGUUUAGUGGAGACA